GAAGCAGUGCCUCUCAAGCCGAACACAGGUUACACGGCACAUCUGAGGCUCGAAGUGGGAAUCUGAAAGAGUCAUUUCCCCUCCGACUAAGCCGCCAUGGCACCUCAGAAACAUCAGCAAGCGGGCCACAACCGCUUCCCGAUCAUCUACCGCCUAUUCUUCCUUUACAUCGAGCCUAUCUCCGCCCUCGUCGGCGCCUUCUACGCCCACUUCCGCCAGGAUGAAUACCUCCUCCUCACGCACUCCGCCUCUGCCCCAGCACCGGGCGCGAUCCCGACCGGCACCUCCAUCGUCCUGUCCCAGCUGGCCAACCUGUAUCUGCUGUUCACUCUGAAUGAGGCACUUGUCCUCCGCUCGACCUCGGACCUACGCGUCUGGAAGACCGUGCUGUUUGGGUUGCUGGUCGCUGACCUGGGCCACCUUUGGACCGUCAGGCAGCUAGGGCUGGAUAUCUACCUGCCGUGGAAUUUUGCCCGGUGGAAUGCUAUCGACUGGGGGAAUAUCCCCUUUGUGUAUCUUGGCGCCAGUAUGAGAGCUGCUUUCAUAUUCGGGGUCGGCAUGGGCGACGCCGGCACAACGAGCUCCAAGGCCAAGAAAGGUUAAG